AUGGACGCCUUUACCCCACAACAGACCAUUGAAUUGGUCUCGCGCAUAGGAACGAAAAAGGCUCAUAUGAGAAUGGACAAGCUGUUUGUCAACAGUCUGAUGUCGGGACCACUGCUUGGGUUUGGGUGUGCAGUUCUGGUCAGCACGAAUGCAUCACCAUGGUACCAAGAGAACGCCCCAGGUCUUAUACGCACAAUCGGUGCUCUCUUCUUUCCUAUAGGGCUGGUAAUGAUUGUUCUCAGUGGCGCAGAUCUCUUCACCAGCAACGUCAUGUUCAUGUGGACCGCAUUCCUCCAUCGCCGCAUCUCACUCUGGGACGUGCUCAAAAGCUGGAUAAUUUCCUAUCUCGGAAACCUCGGCGGCAUGCUCUUCUUCACGCUGAUCAUCAUCGGCUACGGCGGCGUCUUUGAAGAAUCCUCCACAUAUCAACAAGCAGCAGUGCGACUCGCCACGCAAAAAGCCUACGAUCCCCAAUGGCAUCAAAUUUUCCUUCGAGCCAUCGGAGCAAACUGGCUCGUCUGUUUUGCCGUCUUCAGCUCCAUUAGCAGUCGCGAAGUGGUAUCGAAAAUUCUCGCCAUCUGGUGGCCCACGGCGACAUUUGUCGCUCUCGCACUCGAUCAUGUCGUGGCGAAUAUGUUCUUCAUCCCGCUCGGCAUCUUCGAAGGCGCCCAUUUUGGCGUCGGAUAUUAUAUUUGGAAAAGUAUGAUCCCCACUGCGCUGGGAAAUAUGGUCGGAGGUGGGAUUUUUGUGGGAACUGCGUAUUGGUAUUUAUACCUUACGGGUGAAGACGGAGUGGCUGUCAGUUUCAAUAUUGGCACGUUGGACUCUGCUAUGGAAGCCGGUGGGCCUAUGGGUGGUGGUAGUAGUCGUCGUCGUCAUCGGCCUUCGAAACCAGACGAGGGAAUUCUGCGUGAGACAACGACGACGAGGACGAAUGAAGGAGAAACUCUCGUCGGACUGGAUCCGAAUCACUUGCCGAACUCGGGCGGACACUUGAUGAGUGGAAUUGGACAAGAGUUACAUGACGCAAGCCCUUAUGCAAAAUCGUAUGCCGAGAGAGCGAAGAUGAAGGAGGAGGAGUCGGAUGAGAGGGUCUAAAAGGUAGCAAUUGGAAGAAGAAAGGGCAUUCGUUCGGGUCAUGAUAGCCAUUGGUGAUGAUACGUAUCCCUCCCUCCCCAUCUCCACCCUUGGCACGGAAGAGAGAUCUGCCGUCGUUCUGGAUGAAGUAUUCC